CAGGGCACAGAGCGGGGCCCGGCCCGGCACGGCCCGGCACGGCCUCAGCAUGACAGAGGAGGCGCCCGCAGCUGCCACCAUGCCGGCGUGCAACGGGAGCCUUCCCCCGCCGGGGCAGGACGGCCCGCUCCUGGGCAUCGGCGGCCUCCAAGAAACCGCAAAAUCUCUCGGGACGGUCCCGUACGCAAAUGCUGAAACGAGCCCUGACACUUCACCCGAACAGGAAAAUCUGGAGGAAAAUAGAAAUUCACUGCCAGAGGUCGCCACUCCUGAGAAUUUUGCUGGAGAGCAGCGAUGCCAAGAAAAGCGAGAGGAGAGCGCUGGGACACCGCAGCGGGGACCAGCGGAUGUCCAGGACACAGGGACCAAUGGCCAGGGAUCAGGGGAAGGGCCGGGUGGCACGGCUGGGACGGGCACGGCUGGGACGGGCACGGCGGGGACAAGCGCGGUGCCCGCAGCCGGCUGGGAGGCACCGGAGAGCCCGGCGGGCAGCGCCGAGCCCCGAGGGAACGCGGCCCGGGAGGCGGAGGAGGACGAGGAGGAUGAGGAUGACACGGAGGAGGACGAGGUGCAGGUGAUGGAGAUGAAGAAGGAGAGCAGCGCCGCGCCCCGGCCGCCGCAGCGGGACAAGCCGCCCUCGCCCCCGGGCAGCCCCGGCCGCAACUCCCCGCUGGAGAAGGCGGGGGAGCCGCCCGCGCUGGGCAAGAAGAACGACAUCUCCCGACACAGCUACUCCCGGUACAACACAAUCUCCUACCGGAGGAUCCGCAAAGGAAACACCAAACAGCGCAUCGACGAGUUCGAGUCCAUGAUGCACUUGUGAACUGAGGGGGAGCUCCUCACGCACCGAGCCCUGGCUCUGGGCUUGGCUUUGCUUUGCUCCCCCAAACGUGUCUCUUCACACAGCACAAGGUCACUGCUUUUCUUCUUUUUGUACAUGAUUUAUAAUACACUGUGAAAUUUUAACACCUUGGCUUUGACGGGGGCGGAGGCAUCCGUAGCGCAGGAAAAUAAAUAAUCAGUUUGCUAAAUGCACACCCACUGGAUGUUCAGGGUAUCCUCCUUUCUCCCUCUGCCUUUGUACCGUGUUACUGCAACCCAGUGCUACCGGUCAGACUCUCUCAGGUGUCCUCAUUUUCAU